GCACUGUGACGCAUGCGCGGUGGCGGCGCCUGGAUUGCGCUUCGUCGUGCGGCGGCGGCAGCGCCGGUUCCCCUCCCCCCACCCUCGCGGGCGGACGGACGGACGGACGGAGCAGGAGCAGGGCCAGGCCGGAGCCCGCCAGGCGGAGGAGGGAGGAAGGAGGAAGGGCCCGCCGCCGCCGCCGCCGCCGCCGCCAUGAUGGAGGCCCAGCGGACCUGACGGGCGCCUUCUCCAUGGCGGGGCGGCGCGGCCUGUGAGGAAGGCGGCCGGUCUCUCUCUGGCUCUGUGGGGCGCGUGCGCGGAGUGCGCGGCCGUCCCGCCCGGCGGGGCCGCCAUCAUGUCCUGCGUCCACUACAAGUUCUCGUCGAAGCUCAACUACGACACGGUCACCUUCGACGGGCUCCACAUCUCGCUCUGCGACCUCAAGCGCCAGAUCAUGGGCCGCGAGAAGCUCAAGGCGGCCGACUGCGACCUCCAGAUCACCAACGCCCAGACCAAGGAAGAAUAUACGGAUGAUAAUGCCCUGAUUCCCAAGAACUCAUCUGUUAUUGUCAGAAGAAUUCCAAUUGGUGGAGUGAAGUGUGCCAGCAAAACCUACGUCAUAAGUCGAACGGAUCCCGUGAGUGGAACUUCAAAAGCAAUUGAUGACUCUUCUGCAUCUAUUUCUCUGGCCCAGCUUACAAAGACCGCCAAUCUGGCUGAAGCCAAUGCUUCCGAAGAAGAUAAAAUUAAAGCUAUGAUGUCACAGUCUGGCCACGAAUAUGAUCCGAUCAAUUAUAUGAAGAAGCCCCCGGGUCCGCCUCCACCGACAUACACUUGCUUCCGUUGUGGGAAACCUGGCCAUUAUAUCAAGAACUGCCCAACCAUUGCGGACAAGAACUUUGAGUCUGUUCCCAGGAUUAAAAAGAGCACAGGAAUCCCUCGAAGCUUUAUGAUGGAGGUGCAGGACCCCACCACCAAGGGCGCCAUGUUGACCAACACAGGGAAAUACGCCAUCCCGACCAUUGAUGCAGAGGCCUAUGCUAUUGGCAAGAAAGAAAAGCCCCCUUUCUUGCCGGAAGAUCCGUCUUCUUCAUCAGAAGAGGACGAUCCAAUUCCCGAUGAGCUGCUGUGUUUGAUCUGCAAAGAUAUAAUGACUGACGCCGUGGUUAUUCCCUGUUGUGGCAACAGCUAUUGCGAUGAAUGUAUCAGAACAGCCCUCCUGGAAUCGGAGGAACACACCUGCCCAACUUGUCACCAGACAGACGUGUCUCCUGAUGCUUUAAUUGCCAACAAGUUUUUGCGCCAGGCUGUCAAUAAUUUCAAGAACGAAACUGGCUACACGAAACGGCUGCGCAAGCAACCCCAGCCCCCUCGGCAGACGGCUUCACGGAACGCACCUUCCAUGCCGAGGGCAGGCAUGUCAAGGCAGCAAGACCCCCUGAUGGUUCCCCCCUCCUCUGCUCCUGGUCAUGCCGCUGCACCUCUUGCCUUGCCGCUGGCAUCAGCCACAGCAGCGCUGCCCAUCAAUCCGGCUGCCGGAGAGGUCCUCCCGGCCUCCGUAUCCAUGGCUGUUCACCCAGACAAACCUGAAGGACUGUUCCGGGAGGGUGACGGUAUAGGUCCAGCGGCUGCCUCAGAGCACUCAAAGCCGCCUUCCUCGUUGUCUGUUAAUACUGUGAUGGAGGAGAAGGGCUAUCAGGUUCCUGUGCUGGGGCAGCUGGGCCCUCAUGGGCAUUCCAUCCCCUCCAUGGGUCAGCCAAUGAGACCUAACCCUGUUCGCUCUGCAGGCAGCCGGUCUGGCUGGGAGCCAAGUUCAAACCGAGGACGCCCGCAUAGUGACCGCACACAAAGGACUCAGGCCCCAACACUUCCAGCCUCCACCCAAGUGUUUGUGCCCGUGCCGCCUCCGCCUCCCCCCCUGUACCCGCCUCCCCCCCAUGCACUUCCUCUUCCACCGGGGGUGCCUCCGCCACAGUUUCCUCCUCAGUUUCCACCGGGUCAGCCUCCACCUGCUGGGUACACAGUUCCCCCUCCGGGAUACCCCCCAGCUCCAGCAAACAUAUCAACACCUUGGGUACCAACAUCCGUGCCAACGGCUCACUCAAAUGCCAUCCCAACGACACAACCUCCUCCUCUAUCUAGGGAGGAGUUUUACAGAGAGCAACGGAGACUAAAAGAGGAGGAAAAGAAAAAGUCAAAACUUGAUGAGUUUACAAAUGAUUUUGCUAAGGAACUGAUGGAAUACAAAAAAAUCCAGAAGGAGCGCAGGCGUUCUUAUUCCCGCUCCAAAUCGCCAUAUAGCGCAUCUUCAUAUUCAAGAAGCUCUUAUACAUACUCCAAGUCACGAUCCGGCUCGUCCCGCUCAAGGUCGUACUCCCGCUCGUUCAGCCGCUCCCACUCCCGCUCCUACUCCCGGUCGCCCCCAUACCCACGGAGGGGCAGGGGGAAAAGCCGAAAUUACCGUUCCAGGUCACGAUCUCAUGGAUAUCAUCGGUCGAGGUCGAGGUCGCCACCCUACCGGAGGUAUCAUUCACGAUCAAGGUCUCCAGUUUACAGGGGCCAGUCCCCAAAUAAGCGCCCUGUUUCUCAGGGAGAAGGGGAAAGGGAGUACUUCAACCGAUACCGAGAAGUCCCUGCCUAUGACGUGAAAGCCUUCUAUGGGAGGCCUGCAGACCUGAGAGGAGACCCCUUUGAAAAGGACAGAUUCCGUGAAUGGGAGAACUACAGAGAGUGGUGUGAGAAAUAUUACAAGGGCUUUCCGACUGGAGCCCAACCCAGACCUCUGCUGAACAGAGAGAACUUCUCGCCAGAGCGCUUUGGGCCCCCAGGACCUCGCCGAGAGAAUUCUCCCUACAUUCGAGGGCGGAGAGAUGAAUACCCAGGAGGACUAGGCCAUCGGAAUCGUGGCACAGGCCCCAGCUAUUCUGAAAAGUUGCCAGCCCGGGAGGGCCACGCUAUGAAAGAAAUGGCCAAACUGAAAGAGAAGGAGGUGGAAAAUGCCCCCGGAGAUGGGAGAGGAAAUAGACACAAGAAGCACCGGAAGAGAAGGAAGGGAGACGAGGGCGAAGGCCUUCUUCCCAGUGCUGACCUCUUGGAAGGCUCACGGAAACCAAGGGACCCUGCUGCAGGGGAAGAUGGCAAACCUGAGCCUCUCUUCAUGCUCCCAAGCAGGGACGAUGCCACCCCUGUCCGGGACGAGCCCAUGGAAGCCGAUUCAGUUGCCUUCAAGCCCGUGUCAGACAAGGAGAGGAAGGAAAAGCCGAAGGCCAGAACUGAGAAGGCCAAGCGCAAAGCAGAAGGCACCGCCACUCCCAAGAAAGACGCUGUGGCAAAACCCACAAAAGCAGCCCCAGAGAAAUCUGAGGCAGAUCGUGAAAAAUCCCCACGGGCUGAGUUUCUGUCCAGAAAAGUGAAGGAGGAGUUACCCAAGGCUGAGAGCAGCAAAUCAUCCUCCCAGAAGGACGAGAAGUCCCUUGGCGCCCCACGGAAAGUGCACCCCCGAGCCACAAAGGAACAUCCAGAGACCAGGUCAGCCAAGGACGAGAAAGCCAAGAAGGAGCCCCCCAAGGAAAUCAAAGUGGAGAAGCAGCCCCCCAGCAAGGAGGAGAAGACCAAGAAGCCCACAGACAGGAGCAAAGCUGUGGAGGCAAAGGCCGAGAAGAGGAAGAGGAAGGUCGAGGAGAAAGCAGAGACGGACCAGGAAGCUGCCACAGCAGCAGGCAAGCCAGACGUCGCGGAGCUGAAGCCCUCGCCCAAGGGCCAAGCGGAGCCUGAGGGGGAAAAGGCAGCCAGGAGCCCUGAAAAAGAGAAGGUGGUUUCACUGGUGGUGCCGGCAAAGAAGAUCAAGCUGAACCGAGAAACCGGCAAGAAGAUUGUCAGUGCUGAGAAUGUGCCCCCUCUCAAAGAGCCCCCUGCUGAGAAGCCCGAGCCCACCAGCAGCAGCAGCAGCAGCAGCAAAGGGAAGGCCGAGAAGACCAAAGGGAAGCUGAAGAGGAAGGUGGUGGCAGGGGACGGAGCCCCCUCCACACUGGUCGAUUAUCCCAGCACCAGCUCUGCUGGAGGCAGCCCCGUGUGGAAGUCGGAAGAGAAACCCGACACCAAGCGAACUGUCAUUAAGACGAUGGAAGAAUAUAACAACGACAUCAUGGCUCCUGCCGAGGACGUCAUCAUCAUGAUCCAGGUGCCUCAGUCCAAAUGGGACAAAGACGAGUUUGACUCGGAGGAGGAAGAGGAAGAGGUGGCGAAGUCAACACAGGUUUCUUCCAUGGUGGGGAAGCCUGCGAGCGUCAUCAAGAACGUCAGCACAAAGCCCCCCGUCAAACACAACGAGAAGGAUCCCGAGCCUUUAGAGAAAAAUCAGAGGGCCUCAAAGGAAUCUGGGCAUGAGAGUUCCCUGCCUGACCCCAAAAGCUCUAAAAAUACGUCUUUGAAUGAGAAAGGGAAAGCGAGGGACCGGGACAGUUCUGCCUCGGACAGAGAGUCUUUGGAGAAAAAGAAGGGCGGGAUCCAGCCAGAGAAGGAUCGCCUUGAGCAAGGAACGGUGAAGAGCAGCUCUUCUCACUCUUCCAAAGAGAGCAGGUCUUCGGAAAAGCCAGACUCCACCCUUGGAUCUUCUGCCAGGGCCUUCACGCCUACUUGGGACAAGAAGUCUGACUGUGACGGCAGCAGAGACCAUUCAGGCUCAAAGCGAAGAGACGAACGGAGUGAGGUCUCCCGGAAGAAAGACUCCCCUUCCCGAAGUCGGGAGCCUGCCUCUUCUGUACAGAAAAAUAAGCUGAGGGACGAGCGGUCAGACCAGGUGAAAAAGGGAGCCAAGGACUCCCGACGGAGCAGCUACAGCCCUCCAAGGGACCGGAGGCCGAGCGACCACAAGGCUGCCUACGAGUCCAAGCACCCAGCAGAACGGCGCAGGUCCCAGGAGAGAGGCUCGGGGAAAGAGAGAGAGAAGGGGCCGUCCUCUGAGACCAGAAGCAACAAAGAGAAGGUGGGUGGUGGGAGCAAGCCGGUGCACAGACGAUGCUCCCCAGAGACAAGAGAGCUGAACGACAAGAGCAUCUCCAAACCAAAGCCUCAGCCAAGCCACUCGACCCGGAUGUCUUCUGACCCGACGAGAGAAACCGACGAGGCUGCCUUUGUCCCGGACUAUAAUGAGAGUGACAGCGACAGCCACACAUCUGCCAAAGAGGACGACUUCCCAGGCAGAAGCUUCCGGGACGGGAAGGAGAAGGCCACCCUCAAACCUCAAGAGCCUGUGGCGGCGGCGGCAGUGCCAGCGGCCCUGCCCGGUGGGAGCAGCCAGAGCAGCCCCAGCGCCAGCCAGAGUCCCUCGGGGAGCCAGGGCCGCAGCAGCAGCGCCAGCUCCGCAGACAGCCAGGACAGCAAGAAGAAGCGCAAGAAGAAGGAGAAAAAGAGGCACAAGAAGCACAAGAAGCACAAGAAGCACAAGAAGCACGCAGGUGUCGAGGCGGAUGCGGAGAGAAGCCAGAAACACAAACACAAGAAGAAGAAGUCCAAGAAGAGCAAAGACAAGGAGAAGGAGCGGGAGGACCAAAAACCCAAGGCGGUGGCUGUGGCCGUCUGAGAGCUGUGUAAAUAGCGCCCCCUGGAGGAGCGGGCAGGCUGCACUUACCUGAUUGCUGCUGGAGUGGAUUUUUACAUCUGAGCUUUAUAAAGUGAACAUUUUGUACAGACUCGUGACUUGUGACCAUGUCAUCUGGGGAGGGAUGGGGAGGGUGUCUGGGAAGGGCAUUGUUUGAUUUGGGUUUUUUUAUUUUUGUUUUUUGCUGGGACAUCUUACUUUUAACCACCAUGGAGUUAGUUUGGGUGGAGUUUACUGUACUGUGAAAACUUUCACAUUAUUUUUUUUUUAAUUGCCUGUCAGGAAACAAAACAAAAAAAAGGAAAUGGCUGGUAUCAGUUCUGAAAUACCAGCCAGAGGACUUGCAAAAUGCAUUUCAGCCCCAUUCUGUAACUUUUGGAUUACAAUAAAAAGAAACACCAAUUUUCAAUAAA